AACUAACUAAACUGCAGUGCCAUAUCGGAUUGGAGUCAUAUAGACCAUUGGCAUAAUCUGCAGAAUCAAAGUCUUAUUGUUGCUAAGGCCGAUCAUAUUAUAUUUCCCGAGUUUUAAAAAACAAAAGGAGAGAAAAAGAGGGACGACAAGCGUGUACAUUUUGAUGGACUUUUGGACCCAACGGCUCCAACAGAAAAAACAAACAGUGGUUCGAAAAAAACAAACAGUCGUAGAAACAGAUUCUCCUUUGAAAAGCCUUACCACCAAAACAAAAAACCAAAAUAUGCCUGAAUAAAUACCCCUAACACCGUAAGACUCAUUUCUUCAAACCCAAGAAACGAUGGUGCUCUUGAAACCCUCUGCCUUGCUAAAAUCCUCUAAGCCACGGCCGCAACAGCAACAGGGCUUCUCCGAGUCUCUAAUCGGCGAUAGUGUGGAUGCAGUUGACGCUUUCAUAAGCCAAUGGGUUUCUCCACACCAAAACGAUUCUUCUACAUCUUCCUGCAUACUCUCUUCCCUCUUCUCCGCCCAAAACCGACUACAAGGCAGACGCUUCCUCGAGGUACUCGGCAGGUUACAAUACGCCAUUCAGAGUACGGUUGUGGUGAAUCCAGACUCCGCUAAGCUCGCUCAAGGGCAGGAUUUGAUGCGCAAAGCUAUGAAGCAUUUGGAAAAAGAGUUUUAUCGGGUUAUGAAAUCCAAUAACCGGUUUUUGGAUCCUGAAUCAGUCUCCGGUUGGUCUUCUGAGUCCAACACAUCUUCGACGAGAUCAACUGUAAACGCUUCUGAUUCUUCUUCAUCUGAUGAUAACGAGCUUGAUUUCGAAUCCUCAUCUGAAUUAGGCAACGAGACAGGAGGACGAUUUGGAGAGUCUGAUGCUAUUGUGGAUUUGAAGAUGAUAGCAAAUUGCAUGAUCUCUUCUGGUUACGAGAAAGAUUGUGUCAAAAUCUAUAAGAAAUUUCGUAAAAGGAUCAUCGUCGACGCACUAACUCGCCUAGGGUUUGAGAAGCUAACCUCAGCGCAGAUGCAGAAACUGGAUUGGGAGACUCUGGAGAAGAAGAUCAAAACCUGGGUGAGGGUUACGACAGUAGCAAUCACCACUCUGUUCAACGGAGAACGUAUCCUUUCCGAUCACAUAUUCUCAUCCGUCUCCGUCGCUGCGUCUUGCUUCGUCGAGAUUACGCUACAGAGCGCGUUGAGCCUCUUCAUCUUCUCACUAACCAUAGCGAAAUCCAAAAAAACUGCGGAGAAGAUCUUCCCAACGCUCGACGUUUACCAGACAAUCUUAAACCUAAUCCCCAAAAUAAAUCAGAUCUUCAGCUACGAUUCGACCGCUUCCGUCAGAUCACAAGCGGCUGGAUCUCUAGAGAAGCUCUCUGAAUCGGUGAAUGCGAUGAUGACGGAGUUCCAAACGUCGAUUACGAAAGAGUCGUCGAAAUCGGCGAUUCCUGGCGGCGGGGUUCAUCAGCUCACGAGGUACGUGAUGAAUUUCAUCGUCUUCCUCGCAGACUACAGCGACUCCCUCGCCACGAUUCUCAAGGAGUCAUCGUUGCCUUUGCCGGAGGAUUACUUCAGAAGCAGCGGCGAGGAAAAUCCAGGAUCCGGUGGUCGAUCUCCGAUGGCGGCGAGACUCGCGUGGUUGGUUCUCGUCUUGCUCUGCAAAAUCGACGCCAAAUCUCGUCUCUACAACGACUCGGCUCUCUCUUAUCUCUUCCUAGGCAACAACCUGCAUUACGUUGUGACCAAGGUCCGUACAUCGAACCUGAGAAUCGUACUCGGAGACGAUUGGGUGACGAACCACGAGGUGAAGGUGAGUCAGUACCUCGAGAAAUACGAGAAAAAGGCGUGGGUAGACGUGAUAGCGUCGCUCCCCGGAGAUACGACGGCGGAAGCGAAGGCGGAAGAGGCACUGAGACGGUUCAACGAAGCGUUCGAAGAGGCUUACAAGAAACACAAGACUUGGGUCGUACCCGACCUGAAACUGAGAGGAGAGAUCCAAGCCUCCGUGGCGAGUAAGCUCAUGCCCGGGUAUACAGGUUUCUACAAAAAGUACCCGGUCGGGUCAUGGAAGAUUGUCAGAUUUACCCCUGAAGAUCUUAAUAAUUACAUAACCGACCUAUAUAUUGGUUUAGGAAGAAGCGUGCCCGUAUCAAAGACUCACAAGUAUGUGGUGGCUAGCCAUGCCAUUGCCACCACGGAUGUGAAGCAUUGCUCCAUGUAAAAAAGAAAGCUCGCUCGUGUAAACUUCUUGUGCUUUAACGGUGUUGAAUCAACAACAACGACUACGACAACGUGGUUUAGUCGAACGAUUAUAUUUAAAUUCCAGUUUUCUA